CGACUUGUUGCCGAAAAUGCAGCUCCUUAACAACAAGACCAGGGUCCUCAGCGGGUCUCGCCCUGUGGCGGCUGUGAAGGUUGCUCGCGUGGCCCAGCCCAGCCGGCGCUCAACCAUGCGUGUCUCAGCUGCAGUGCACUUUGACUUCAACACCAAGGUGUUCAACAAGGAGCUCACCAAGUUUGCUGACUCCGAGGAGUACAUCGUGCGCGGUGGCCGCGACAAGUUCCCUCUGCUGAAGGAGGCCUUUAAGGGCAUCAGCAAGAUUGGCGUCGUCGGCUGGGGCUCCCAGGCGCCCGCUCAGGCCCAAAACCUGCGCGACUCCAUUGCUGAGGCUGGCCUUGAUAUUAAGGUUGCAAUUGGCCUGCGCCCGGAGUCUCCCUCUUGGGCUGAGGCUGAGGCCUGCAACUUCAGCAAGGCGGAAGGCACCCUCGGCGAGGUCUUCGACGUGGUUUCAUCGUGUGAUCUGGUGGUGCUGCUGAUUUCCGAUGGCGCUCAGGCCAAGCUGUACCCCCGCGUCCUGGCGGCCAUGAAGCCCGGCGCUACCCUGGGUCUCAGCCAUGGUUUCCUUUUGGGUGUCAUGCGCAACGAUGGCGUUGACUUCCGCAAGGACAUCAACGUCGUGCUGGUUGCCCCCAAGGGUAUGGGCCCCUCGGUGCGCCGCUUGUACGAGCAGGGCAAGUCGGUCAACGGUGCCGGCAUCAACUGCUCGUUCGCCGUGCACCAGGAUGCCACCGGCAACGCUGCUGACAUUGCCAUCGGCUGGGCCAUCGCUGUCGGCGCCCCCUUCGCCUUCCCCACCACCCUGGAGAGCGAGUACAAGUCGGACAUCUACGGCGAGCGCUGCGUGCUGCUGGGAGCUGUGCACGGCAUUGUGGAGGCGCUGUUCCGCCGCUACACCCGCCAGGGCAUGAGCGACGAGGAGGCCUUCAAGCACAGCGUGGAGUGCAUCACGGGCCAGGUGUCGCGCAUCAUCAGCGCCAAGGGCAUGCUGGCGGUCUACGAGUCCUUCACCGGGGAGGACAAGAAGACCUUCGAGAAGGCCUACAGCCAGACCUUCAAGCCCGCCAUGGACAUCUGCAUGGAGAUCUACGAGGACGUGGCCAGCGGCAACGAGAUCCGCUCCGUGGUGCAGGCCACCACCCGCUUCGACCGCUUCCCCAUGGGCAAGAUUGACCAGACCUACAUGUGGAAGGUGGGCCAGCGCGUGCGGGCGCAGCGCGACGAGAGCAAGAUCCCGCUCAACCCCUUCACUGCGGGUGUCUACGUGGCCAUCAUGAUGGCGACCGUGGAGGUCCUGCGCGAGAAGGGCCACCCCUUCAGCGAGAUCUGCAACGAGUCCAUCAUCGAGGCCGUUGACUCGCUCAACCCCUACAUGCACGCCCGCGGUGUGGCCUUCAUGGUCGACAACUGCUCCUACACGGCCCGUCUGGGCAGCCGCAAGUGGGCUCCCCGCUUCGACUACAUUGUGGAGCAGCAGGCGUUUGUCGCCAUCGACGCGGGUGCUGACGUGGACCAGGAGGUGAUGGCCGAGUUCCUGGCGCACCCAGUGCACCGCGCUCUGGCCACCUGCUCCGACAUGCGCCCCUCGGUCGACAUCUCGGUCGGCGGCGAGAACAGCAGCGUGGGUGUGGGCGCCGGUGCCGCCCGCACUGAGUUCCGCUCUGCCAAGGCCUAAACGCCAAGGCCUCGAAGCGCCUUUAUGUGUCUCGGCGGCCAAAACAAGCAAGGGUGUCGUACAAUUGUACGGCUUUUUUGAGGGUUUGUGACCACUGAGCGCAGGAAACGACGCCUGCUGGGUGACACGCAGUCGCUUUAUUCGUAGACUGGGGUUGCAUUAGAUCCCGCUCCUGGAGAGAGAAGAUGACGUGUGUGGCGCCUGGUUUGGCGUUUGGGCGGGUGGAGGAAUGACGCGCGGAUUGUGUGACGCUUUUUAACUGUGACAUGCAAAGGGUGUGUACUUGCGGCGCAAGUCGGAAAAGCAAGUCGGGAG